UACAUUUUAGUGGGAUGGACCAACUGGAACCGCGAUUUAGAACCUCUCGAUGAUAUUAGGUAGAUGUGCAACAACCAAGGAUUUAUUAAAACGAAUGCACAUUUGUUUCUGUUUUAACAUAAUUCUGACAUUGGUGACGUGAUUACGUCAUCCUAACGUUAGAAAAAUGAAUCCUAUUUUCCGCAAGUUACAGGCUUCAUUCAUACUUCAUUCACGUGCCUUGGACCAAGCAGCGUUGUUACUCCGGGCGUCAGUGUCAGUGCAGCUGAUUCAAGGACCUCUUACUUUUGCCAAUGAAAGACAAUACAGGACCAUGCCUACCCAUGGGAUUGGCCGAUAUAAGCACUUGAUACCUAAAGAAGCACCAAAGAAAAAGAAGGAGAGAUUGCAGAUGAAGCCAAUAAAAAUGGCAACCGACACAGAGUAUGGGACUCUGAAUGUGAAAGUGUCUGGGUAUGACAUGAUCCUGGUUGAGCACUACUCGCAGUACAUUCACAACCUCUGCAACCGGCUAGGUGUGAAAGUGGCUGAGAGCUACGCGUUGCCGACAAAGACCAUGGAAGUCAUGGUCAUGGCGGAACAAGGGACUAAGAUGUAUAUAGACGCCAUCCUCAAGACCCAUGAGCGAAUUGUUCAGCUCAGCCAACUAAAUGCCACAUUAUGCCCAAUCUUUAUGGAGGUCCUUUUGAAGAAUCAGCCAGAGGGAGUUCAACUCUCUGUAAAGCAGCACACAGAGGCAGACUACCUGGACCGUUUCAAAGCCCGUCCAGAACUGGCAGGACUGAUGGCACAGAUAAACUAUUGAAAGGAAAGGCUUUACCGUCUUAAUACUCCAAGUUGCAUCUUAUCUGACUCUGUAUGUCCAUUUUUCUAUAGUCAUGCUGUGUACAUUUUGUUAAUAAUGUUAACGGUUGAAUGUAGACAUCACUGUUCUAGCUCAUUCAAAUAAAAUAUUGAAAAUCCAA